AUGUCGGGGCAGCCCACCCGUGAGACCAGCAUCGUGCCACCACCCGCGGGGGACUAUGAGGGUACCUUGGAGCCAGGCCAGGGCAGCGCCGGUGAUGGACCACCUGGGGCUGGAGACCCCGUGGGACCACGGCCACCUCCUCCUCCCACCACCAUGCCCAAGCACCUCCUGGUCCCUCCAGGCACAGGUGGCCGGCCCAUCUCCUUGGAAAUGGCGAUGGGGCUGAGAAAGCUGCUCUUCGGAAACGUGUCCCACCUCUUCAGCUGCCAAUGGGCACAAGCGUACUUCAGGUUUCGCGAUCCCUACUCAGACCUGGCCUACGCUUUGGAGGCAGAAAAGGGGCUGAGAAAGCUGCUCUUCGGAAACGUGUCCCACCUCUUCAGCUGCCAAUGGGCACAAGCGUACUUCAGGUUUCGCGAUCCCUACUCAGACCUGGCCUACGCUUUGGAGGCAGAAAAGUACGCCACAACAGGCUGCUCUCUGACACUCCAUCACACAGAAAAGCCAGAACACGAAGACAUCUGUGAGUAUCGUCCCUACUCCUGCCCAUGCCCUGGUGCCUCCUGUAAAUGGCAGGGAUCCUUGGAAGCUGUGAUGUCCCACCUCAUGCAUGCCCACAAAAGCAUUACCACCCUUCAGGGAGAAGACAUCGUUUUUCUUGCCACAGACAUUAACCUUCCAGGGGCGGUUGACUGGGUCAUGAUGCAGUCGUGCUUUGGUCACCACUUCAUGCUGGUGCUGGAGAAACAAGAGAAGUACGAAGGUCACCAGCAGUUUUUUGCCAUCGUGCUGCUCAUCGGCACCCGUAAGCAAGCGGAGAACUUUGCAUACAGACUGGAGCUGAAUGGCAACCGCCGCCGGCUGACCUGGGAGGCAACGCCCCGCUCCAUCCACGACGGGGUGGCUGCGGCCAUUCUGAACAGCGACUGCCUAGUUUUUGAUACGGCUAUAGCACACCUUUUUGCUGACAAUGGAAACCUCGGCAUUAACGUGACUAUUUCUACAUGUUGUCCGUGAUGUAUUUGUG